AUUCGCUCCAUCACUUCUCAUUCUCCCCCAGGCGGGUACGUCGGCGUGCCUGCGCUCCCACUCACAGUGUCCGUAACGGUAGUCUCAUCUCGCGAGAGUAUGACGGGAGUGUGGGAGCGCUGGCCGGCAGAGCCGAGAUGAUGGACAUUUAAACAGUUAUCCGGGGCUGGGGGCUGUGUUAUGAGAUUCGGGAGUGUCCCGCGGAAAGCGGGAUAGGCAGGCGUUUCAGCUUGAGUAGUUGUGGCCUGGAGCAAGACUUUUUGAAGGGAAGUUACAGACACUUGCAUUCCUCUGCAGAAACAGGAUUCCUAAGCGUAAACCGGAUUUUGUGUCCAGCAGCUUAAAGCUGCUCCUGGGCCUGAAUGACCAGCACCGGCAUGCAAGGAAAUGAACUAGCUCCUGCACUCGGAUUACAGGAUACAAGCUCCAGAAGUCUGGGUAUGUGUUGACCAAAAAGAAUUUCUAUAAUCAUCACAGCUUCCAAGUGGCGUGGGGAAGAUGGGCUUUGGCAAAGAGCUCAGAUCUUCUCAUGAUGCUCUGCUCAAACUACAAGACUGGGAGCUGCGGCUGUUGGAAACUGUGAAGAAAUUUAUGGCAUUGAGAAUUAAAAGCGACAAGGAGUAUGCUUCGACUUUACAGAACCUUUGCAACCAGAUGGACAAGGAGAGCGCCCUCCCGCUUGAUUACAUAAGCAAUGUAUCCAAUUCAUGGUUGCACUUGGUGCAGCAGACAGAACAGCUAAGCAAAAUUAUGAAGACGCAUGCCGAGGAACUCAAUGCUGGGCCACUCCACCGCCUUACCACUUUGAUUAAAGACAAGCAACAUGUAAAAAAGAGUUACAACAAUAUCCACCAGCAGAUUGAGGCUGAAAUGAACAAGGUCUCAAAAACAGAACUGGAAAAGCUGAAGUCAAGCUAUAAACAGUUAACAAAAGAAGUAAAUUCUGCUAAAGAGAAAUUUAAAGAUGCAUCGACAAAGGGAAAAGAGACAGAGAAAGCCAGAGACCGAUAUGAUAAAGCAAACAUGAAGCUUCAUAUACUUCAUAACCAAUAUGUCCUUGCUGUAAAAGGAGCUCAGCUUCAUCAGCAUCAAUAUUAUGACUCCACUCUCCCCCUCCUGUUGGAUUCUCUGCAGAAGAUGCAAGAGGAAAUGAUACAAGCCCUUAAAGGCAUUUUUGCUGAAUACUGCCAGAUUACCAGCCUUGUUUCUGAGGAAAUUGUUGCUGUUCAUAAGGAGCUUGAGACUUGUGUUGAGGAAAUUAAUCCAAGCACAGAGUAUGAAAACUUCAUUGAAAAGCACAGGACGGAAGAGACCAGGGAACCAGAUAUAGAAUUUGACACGUCUUUAUUAGAGGAAAUAGAAAAUCUGCAAGCCAAUGAAAUCAUGUGGAACAAUCUCACUGCAGACAGUUUAAAUUCAAUGUUAAAAACAGCAACCGAAGAACUAUCUCAGACACAGCAAUCCCUUUUAACCAAAGAGGAACAACUGUCUAAACUAGAAGUGAACCUAGAAGAAUCUGCUAGCACUUGUGAAAAAAAGUCUGAUGCUGUGCUAUUGCUAAGCCAAAAACAAGCCAUUGAAGAGCUAAAGCAGUCAAUUGAGCAACUGAAGUGUGCAGAGUCAAAACUGUCAGCCCAAAAGAUGCUACUGGACCAGAAAAUUCAGCAAAAUGAAGGAAAGGAGCCUCCUCCAGUGGUUAAUUAUGAAGAGGAUGCCAGAUCUGUUUGUUCCGUGGAUAAAAAGGAAAAGGUUUCAAAAUUUGAUACUUUCCGACAUUCAAUAGCAGGAAUUAUCAGAUCACCAAAAUCAAUGCUUGGCUCCUCAUCAUUGCUUGAUGGAAUAUCAGCCAUUGAGAAGCCUUUAUCAGAGCAAGAUUGGUACCAUGGUGCAAUUCCAAGGGUGGAGGCACAAGAACUACUAAAGCAGCAAGGAGACUUCUUGGUGCGAGAAAGCCAUGGGAAACCUGGUGAAUAUGUCCUUUCUGUGUUUUCAGAUUCACAACGGAGGCACUUUAUCAUUCAGUUUGCUGAUAAUCAAUAUAGAUUUGAAGGAACUGGAUUUCCAACAAUCCCACAACUUAUAGAACAUCACUACACAACUAAACAAGUCAUAACAAAAAAAUCAGGGGUCGUUCUACUGAAUCCUGUGGUUAAGGAUAAAAAGUGGAUUCUGAAUCAUGAAGAUGUUACCCUUGGAGAAUUGUUAGGAAAAGGCAAUUUUGGCGAAGUGUAUAAGGGUACUCUGAAGGAUAAAACACCAGUUGCUGUGAAAACAUGUAAAGAAGAUCUUCCUCAGGAACUGAAAAUAAAGUUUUUAUCUGAAGCAAGAAUACUGAAGCAAUAUGACCAUGCGAAUAUUGUUAAGCUUAUUGGAGUAUGUACCCAAAGGCAACCCAUUUAUAUAGUCAUGGAACUUGUGCCAGGUGGUGAUUUCCUGUCUUUCUUAAGAAAAAAGAAGGAUGAUAUGAAAACCAAGCAGCUUGCAAAAUUUUCCUUUGAUGCAGCUUCUGGGAUGGCCUACUUGGAAUCUAAAAAUUGCAUUCACAGGGACCUAGCAGCACGCAACUGCCUGGUAGGUGAGAAUAAUGUUUUGAAAAUCAGUGACUUUGGCAUGUCUCGUCAAGAGGAUGAUGGAAUAUAUUCAUCUUCUGGUUUAAAGCAGAUCCCAAUUAAAUGGACUGCCCCAGAGGCUCUCAACUAUGGCCGGUACAGUUCGGAGAGUGAUGUAUGGAGUUUUGGAAUACUUCUCUGGGAAACAUUCAGCUUAGGAGUGUGCCCGUACCCAGGAAUGACCAAUCAGCAAGCACGUGAACAAGUGGAAAAGGGAUACCGAAUGUCUGCUCCACAGAAUUGUCCUGAGGAAGUGUUCAGAAUAAUGCAAAAGUGUUGGGAAUACAAACCAGAGAAUCGUCCAAAGUUCAGUGAAAUGCAGAAAGAACUUUCUUUAAUCAAAAAGAAAAUAACAUAGUGGUAACCGGUCAUGGACUUUCGUUGUUUUUUUUUUUUUAUCCUAGUAGCCUAUUCUGGUGUGUUUUUCCCUACACCCAGGGACUUAACCAAAUACUCUGUUUGCUGCCAUAUUUAGUUUUUCUGCAUAUGCCUUGAUUAUUAAAUAUCAUAAAAGGCCCCACCAUAUGGCAGCAUUUUUAUGUCUUGUGAGACUUCACUAAACAAUGUCAAUAUAAAAACUUUGUACAUAUCACCCUAACCUUCAAAGUAAUGCACUAUAAUCCCCAACGUUUUCAAACAUUUAACCGCUUACUAGUUCACUAACAGUACUGCACAUUGUGCUAUUAUUUAUCAUUGUCCAUCUUCCGUUUCCAGAGAUGGGGAUAAAGAAAGCUUAACCUUUGCACCGUCCUAUAAGUAUGGACCAUAGUUUGAUGUUGACUAAUGUAACUACUGUGGUUUCCUGCCUGCUUUUGUAAUAAGAGAAUGAACUCUCAAGAUUCAGUUUCACAAUACCACUGUGACUAGACAUUACCCUCUUAUCAGUUUGUGUUCCCUUUAAUGCACUUUUAAAAUACAGUACCUGCGACCUGUAUACAUCGACUUAGAAACCAUUUAUUCAACACAUUAUUUUUUUUAAAAUUGGAUUGAAAAUGGUGUAUUGUCAAAAAUGAAUAAUUUAGGGCAUUUUAAAGGCUUUUCAGGAUCAGCUUAAGGAAUAGAUAUUGUGCUAAACAUGCUUUUUGCCUAUUGUUUUAAUCAGGAAAAAUAUUUUGUUUUGAUAUUUCUUUAAACAGGCAAACUGAGGUUUUUUCAUGUUUGGUCCUUACGGUAGAUAAUUACCAGAUAAACAGAAGUCCAUUAUCUAGGAGGAUUAUCUGUUUGCAAAUGAGAUAAUUAGAUCACAAGUAAAGACCAAACUUGGAGUAGAUUGACCUCCCUCUCUGCCCUGUUUAGCUCAGUAAAUAAUGGAACCCAUAGAUUUUUUGUGAUUAGAACAAUAGGUGCCAAGUUCAGCCCAAGCCCUAUUCAUUAAACUGUUGAAGAAAGGCUCAUACUGCCUCUUUAAAGGCAUCAGACAGCGCUUGUGGCCUUUAUAUCCCAUGUUAUGUUAUUUGAAUUCAUUUUAACAAAAGGAACUAAAAGAUUU